AUCAUCUGAUUUUUUUCGAUAAAUUAUUCAAUUUUAUGAUUGAAGGAAUUUAUUUCUAUAAACCCUAAAAAAAAUAUGUACAGUAAUUUCAAAGAACAAGCGAUCGAGUACGUUAGACAAGCGGUAAAGAGGACAAUGCUGGUAACUACAACAAAGCUUUUCCUUUGUACAUGAACGCGCUUGAAUACUUCAAAAUCUAUCUCAAAUAUGAGAAGAACCCUAGGAUCAGAGAUGCCAUCACCGACAAGUUCUACGAGUAUCUCCGUCGUGCUGAGGAAAUUCGUGCGGUAUUAGUUGAAGUUGGAUCGGGGAAAGGAUCGAAUGGCGACGCAGCGGUUGCUACGAAGCCUAAGACUAAGCCCAAAGACGGAGGAGAUGGAGAAGAAUCAAAGCUUCGAGCUGGGUUAAACUCUGCUAUUAUAAGGGAAAAGCCUAACGUUAAGUGGACAGUUGUUGCUGGGCUUGAAAGUGCCAAACAAGCUUUAAAGGAAGCUGUGAUUUUGCCUGUGAAUUUUCCACAGUUCUUCACCGCUAGGGCCAUAUAUGAUCCAAGAGAUGUAUUCUUCUAACAGUCUAAACUUCUGGCGCUUUGCUAUAUCCAUGAAUAUCUCCAUCCUCUUGCUGAACUCUGACCCACUCUCCUUGCAUCUAAAGGAACCAGAACACUCACACUGCUCUGUCAAAUGAGCCGCUUUCACCUGAUUGCACCUAAUGCACACUACAUCCUGCAUAUGUGCUGGGUCUCUGCAUAUAUCUAGGUCUCUGUAGGCAUCACAGUUGCUGCAACAAGAAAAACAGUACAAUCAAAACUCAGUGUAUACAUUUCCAGCUGUCUUACUGCUUACUACUGCAAAAAAGUCAAGUAUUUAUUGUCUAGGAUUUAGGGGUCUAAGUUUUCUUUUCUUUAGUGUUGCAAGUUUGAUAUUGCUGUGUAGAUUUGAUGUGAUGAUCACCACAAGGGUGAACCAGGAUGUCUCUAAAGGAGGGGAUUCGCAGGGAUUUAUGUUUGUGGCCAAAAGACAACUCGAUUUCGG